GGCUCUGGCGGAGGCCGUCCUCUCUGCAGUGGUUGCCAAUAGGCUGACAGCUGCCCGCCCCCCUGCCAUGUGCCGGACGUCGCGCAAUGAAACACCCCCUAGGCCGGUGUGCCACUUCCGCCGCCAGGUUUGCGCGGGUAGCGGAUUGUUUUGAACCCACGGGCUCCCGUCCCUGCCCAGCGCCCCCCGUACCGGACACCAUGCCCAGCGGAGCCCCCGGGGCCCCGGCCGCUGCCGCCAUGCAGGAAGCGCUGGAGGCAGCCGGGAGGACCAUAGACAGACUGCUGCAGGAUGAGCGCGCCUACCCCGACCUGUCCGACUUCCUCAACGUGGCCGCGCACAAUUGUCCUACUGUGUCAGGAAUGUCUGAGAUGGACUAUCCUCUGCAAGGACCUGGUCUGCUAUCGAUCCCCAACCUCCCGGAGCUCGGUGCUAUCCGCAGAGUGCCGCUUCCCCCAGAACUGGUCGAACAGUUUGGACAUAUGCAGUGUAACUGUAUGAUGGGUGUGUUUCCUGAUAUCAGUCGGGCUUGGCUGACUAUUGACAGUGACAUCUUUAUGUGGAAUUAUGAGGACGGAGGGGAUGUUGCUUAUUUUGAUGGACUCAGUGAAACUAUACUUUCAGUUGGACUUGUAAAGCCUAAGGAAGGUAUUUUCCAGCCUCACAUUCGUUAUCUGCUGGUUCUUGCUACGCCUGUUGAUAUCGUCAUUUUGGGAUUGAGUUUUGCCAGUUUACAAACAGGCAACCUCAAUGACAGCAUGUCUGCAGGAAUGCAACUACUUCCAGACCCACUGUAUUCUCUACCUACGGACAACACCUAUCUACUGACCAUAAUGUCCACAAAUAACGGGCGCAUCUUCCUGGCUGGAAAAGAUGGCUGCCUGUAUGAGGUGGCCUACCAAGCUGAAGCUGGUUGGUUCAGUCAACGUUGCAGAAAAAUCAACCAUUCAAAGAGCACCCUCUCUUUCCUUGUUCCUUCAGUGCUUCAGUUUACAUUCUCUGAGGAUGAUCCCAUAGUUCAGAUUGCUGUAGACAAUUCAAGGAACAUCUUGUAUACCCGGUCUGAGAAAGGAGUACUACAGGUGUAUGAUUUGGGACACGAUGGUGAUGGGAUGAGCAGGGUGGCAUCUGUGUCCCAGAACUCCAUUGUGUCAGCAGCUGGGAACAUUGCCAGAACAAUAGACCGUUCAGUAUUCAAGCCUAUUGUCCAGAUUGCUGUAAUAGAGAAGUCUGAAUCUGUCAACUGUCACCUACUUGCCGUUACACAUGCAGGUGUUCGGAUGUAUUUUAGUGUAGUUCCAUUCAGACAGCCCACAGCUCGGCCCAGCAUGCUGUCUUUGGUCCAUGUCCGCUUACCGCCAGGAUUCUCUGCCUCAUCCACAGUGGAAAAGCCAUCGAAAGUGCACAAAGCUCUUUAUAGUAGCGGUGUUUUGCUGAUGGCUGCUUCUGAAAACGAAGACCAUGAUAUAUUGUGGUGCAUCAACCAUGAUUCCUUCCCGUUUCACAAGCCGCUGAUGGAAAUGCAGGUGACUGUUCACGUUGACGGACAUUCCUGGGCUCUUUCUUCUAUUGAUGACGUGAAAGCUGAAAAGAUCAUCACUCCGUUAAACAAGGACUUCAUCCCGGUUACUGACUCCCCUGUUAUGUUUCAGCAGCACAUGGUUCCACCCAGGAAAUUUGUCCUGCUCUCUGCAAAGGGCAGCCAUAUUUUCCAUAAGCUCAGGCCAGUGGACCAGCUUCGUCACCUUCUUGUUACCAGUGCUGGGGGAGAUGGGGAGGAAAUAGAGCGCUUCUUCAAAUUACAUCAGGAGGAGCAGGCUUGUGCAACCUGCUUAAUACUUGCGUGCUCGUCUGCUGCAUCUGAUCGGGAGGUGUCUGCCUGGGCUACACGGGCAUUUUUCAGGUAUGGCGGGGAAGCUCAGAUGCGCAUCCAUUCUACACUCCCUGCACCCAGUAACGUGGGGCCUAUCUUUGGUUCUCCUAUGCCUAUUGGUUCGCCAAUGCCGAUGGGCAGCCCUGUACCAAAUCCUAGUUUCCUGGGUACACCCACAUACGGCAUCUACCCACCAAGUGUAUCUACUCCGGUGUAUUCCGUAGGGACUCCUGUACAGCAGUCUACUGCUCCUCUGCCUGGUUUACUAAGCCCAGAAAUUGUGUGUUCUGGCAAACACAACGGGAUUUGUAUCUAUUUUUCCCGUAUUAUCAACAAUAUCUGGGAUGGAAGCAUAGUUGUAGAAAGGACUUUCAAGAUUGGGAACAGAGACGUCACAGCGAGCGAUAACAGUGUCUCUCCUCAAGUUUUGGAAUCUGUUCUUCAAGAACUUAAAGGUUUGCUGGAAUUUCUGGAUAGAAACUCACAAUUUGCUGCAAGUUCUAUAGGAAAUCCCAGCUUUGGAACUCCGGUCAACAUUCCACAACGCCUUGUUGGCCUUGGACGUCACGAUAUGGGAGGUUCUCAGCAAGUCCAGCAAGAACUGCAGAGGAAAUACCACACCGAGGCUCAGCUAGUGGAGAAGAUCUCUCUUCAAGGGAUCCACCAGUUGGUUAGGAGGACGUGUGAGGCACUAGCGCUUUGGAAACUGCUCUGCGAACACCAGUUCAAUCAUAUAGUGUCCAAGCUUCAGAAGGAACUGCAGGAGCAGCUCAAAAUAACCACUUUUAAAGAUCUGGUGAUCAGAGACAAGGAGCUGACGGGUGCCCUUAUUGCUUCGCUGGUCAAUUGUUACAUCCUGGACAAUGCAACUGUGGAUGGAAUCAGUUCUCACCUGCAAGACGUGUGCCCGUCCUUGUACAGUGCUGACGAUGCCGUAUGCUCUAAGGCAAAUGAGCUUUUGCAAAGGUCCCGACAAGCACCGAGUAAAUCUGAUAAAGAGCGCAUGCUGAGAGAGUCAUUAAGGGAGUACCAGAAAAUUAGUCAACAGGUUGACCUGGCUAAUGUUUGUGCACAGUACAGACAAGUACGCUUCUAUGAAGGUGUAGUGGAACUCUGUCUAACCGCAGCUGAGAAGAAAGACCCUCAAGGCCUCGGACUGCACUUUUACAAGAAUGGGGAGCCAGAAGAGGAUUCUGCAGGUUUACAAGCAUUUCAAGAUAGGUUAAACAGCUACAAAUGCAUCACAGAUACACUUCAAGAGCUGGUGAACCAGAGUAAAGCUGCUCCCCAAUCCCCAAGUGUACCCAAAAAACCUGGCCCUCCUGUGUUGUCGUCAGACCCCAACAUGCUUAGUAAUGAAGAGGCCGGACUUCAUUUUGAACAAAUACUGCGACUGGCUCAGCGCUCCACAGAUGAACUCUUCAACAUAGCAUUGUUCAACUGGCUGAUACAAGUGGAUCUCACAGACAAACUGCUGGAGCUGAACUCCCUGUUCUUGGAGCCUCAUUUGGUUCGUAUGUCCAAGCUUGAGCAGAACACUGUGCGCUACAUGGAUUUGUUGUGGAGAUAUUACGAGAAGAACCGGAAUUUCAGCAGUGCUGCAAGAGUUGUGGCCAAGCUGGCAGACAAGCAGAGCACUGAUAUAUCUCUGAAACAGAGGAUUGAGUAUAUAUCUAGAGCCAUCUUAAGCGCUAAAAGCUCCUCUGGCAUGUCUACCCUUGCUGCUAACGGGGAGUUCUUACAUGAGCUGGAAGAAAAAAUGGAGGUUGCCAGGAUACAGCUGCAAAUCCAGGAAACGUUGAUCAGACGAUACUCCCAUCAUGCAUCAGUGCAAGAUGCUGUGGCACAGCUUGAUUCACAAUUAAUGGACAUCUCAAAGCUAUAUGGGGAGUUUGCGGAUCCAUUCAACCUUCCAGAGUGCAAGCUUGCUAUCGUUCACUGUGCUGGCCAUUCAGAUCCCAUCAUGGUGCAGAAUCUGUGGAAAGAAAUUAUUGAAAGAGAACUAAGUGACAGCAUAGCAAUGAAUAAAGCUGAUCGCAUGCAGUCGUUAAACCUAAAGAUGACCUCGCUUGGCAGGAUCUACGUCAGCACGCCUCGCUACUUCCCUCUAGAGUUUCUUGUACAGUACCUCGAACAACAAGUCUGCACCUUAAACUGGGAUAUAGGAUUUGUGACGCAAACUAUGCAGGAGAUUGAUGUGCCAGUUCCCAAGUUACUGGAAGUAUAUGACCACUUGUUUAAAGCAAGGGACCCGUACUGGAGUCGAGUCAAGAAACCUUUACAUCUGUUGGAAUGCAUUCAUAUUCUGCUGUCCGGAUAUGUGCAGGACCCCAGCAAAGUACCAAGCUAUGAAAGGCGGCGAUUUACCACACUCUGCCUGGAUGCAAUCUCUUGCUAUCUAGUGGAACUGCAGUCUAUGGACCCAACACCUGCCGUACAGUCACCCAUUGGAAACUUCAAAUCUUUACAAGCCAAAUUAGAAAGGUUACUAAGCUCCUGAGUUAGACGUUUGCCAGUUCUCCAUCCUCUACCAUGAACUAACAUCCGUGGCAGCCAAUAAACACUAAGAGCAGUACUUUUCAUUGGACGCCAAUGUGUGUGCCUCAUUUUUCUGUCCAAUCAGGAGUCCUGUUUCUCACCAACUGGUAUUAGUAACAACACUUUGGGAUUUGUAUGUGCCUGGAAUAAACUUUCAUUCUUCAAAUCUGAAUAUAUCAAUUAUAAUGCUAAAUUCCACCUGCGUACAAGGAUGGGUUACCAGGGACGGCAGAGAAAUGGGGUCUGCUGGUCACCGCGUGCAAACGGAGGCUCUGUAAAGGCUUCAGCCGUGUUCCUGCUGCUAGACCCCGAGCACCCAUGGUUUAUAUAUGUAUGAUAAUCUGCAUAAAAUUGUCUCUGAUCAAUGCACAUCACUGUAUUGUUCACGUUGAUUCUUUUUUGGGUGAUUUUUCAAUUCUAUAAAUAAUUUUUACGAAA